AUGGAGAAACUUAAGAGCUUAUUGUCACCGUCUCAUAGCAAAUCACGAGAUUCUGAGAACUUUCGACACUGGGCUCUAGCAUUUAUUGUGUGUAAUUUCAAUGUGGACGUAGGCAAGUUCUUAUAUAUUAAACUUGAGUUUGGUGUAUACUCAUCGUAUACAGGUCCAGAGAUAGAGCUAGUUUAUCCAGCAGACACCGAGCUUAGUACUGCGGACCUCUCAGCCGUGUGUUUCAAUAGCUUUCCAGAACGGCAAGAAACUGAAACGGGAGACGACUUGACAUUCCACUUCACAGUAAACAACAACUCACCCGACAUCAAACUCAGUUCGCCUCAGAUCCCAUAUGGGAGCCCAAAUGAAUUUUAUGGAUCUUGCGUUUUCCGUCAAGAGUUUGACAAUGAAUCCAAACGGAGCUUCAACCAGAAAAGCUUAGUCUUGAUAUCCAAUCACAAGUUCCCUUCCUUUCACUCCAGUAUUUUGAGGCAUAUCACCUCUGCUGGAGCUAUCAGUGAUCCUGACAUUCUGGAAGCUGCAUUCACCGAAAUAUCUAGUACAUGGCCGACGCCAGGGAUUGGUAGGCACGAGUUACCUUUCAUGGGUUCGAUGAUGGUGCUUGAAAUACCGCCACACCAAGCGUUUCCCCUCCAAGGACUCCAAGGUGCACUUCCCCCCAGAACGUCACCAACGCAACUGCCAGCCAUAUUUGCAUACGAGCCUACCGGACACUGGAGUACGUUGAUGCCUUUCAUGCCAUCUUUGAAUGACCUCUAUGCGGUCUACGAAAGCAUUCUCCUGUGCGAGUCGGUGGUUGUCGUCUCCAGGAGCCCGCAGCUAUGCAGUGAUUUCGUUUCGGCUGCUAUCGACCUGAUCAAACCGGUACCCUUCAAUGGUAUCAUCAAAGAAUAUGUUACUAUGCAGUCAGACUUCAAGAGUAUUGGGCUAGACGGUGGCCAUCCUCGACCUUUCAUCAUCGGGGUCACCAAUCCUUUCCUCCUUCGGCGGCUAAUAGAAUGCGCGGAAAGCGUAGGACGUGGCAAGCCUACUGUGGUAUAUCUUCAGAGCGACAGGGCCCACGUUCCCAUCAAGCGCUCGCGUUCCAUGCACCAUCACACACAGCCGUCAUUUGAUAUGCCAGGGGACGUUGAGCUUUAUUCGCUGAAGAAGACCUGUCUUAAGGCCGAUCGAAACUUUACGCAUGCUCUAAACGCACUGUUGUUACGAGCCAGCGAGACAUCGCAAGAUGAGAUCACAUCGUUUGUACGUCGACAAUUUGCAGAGUUGACAGCUCAGUUCCUAUCGCCGAUCAACAGAUUUCUUGCCACGAGCAUAUCGCCGGCAGUAACGUCGCCAGGGGGUAGCUUUCAGUAUGCAAAUUUUUCGGCGUCGGCUUUCCUACAUAGUCUCUCGAAGCACGGAACUUCGGUCAAAUUUCGCGGGCAGGGACCCAUUCAACGGCAUCGCGCCCGCGACAGCCUUUAUGAACGAUUUUGUGACUCGUCGAACUGGCAUUCAUGGCUGCAAAUGAAGAUCAGUCUGGAGAGGGAAGCUACUGCUGGUCUCCUACGAGCGACGGCGGAAAACUCGGCUGUUUGA